AUGCCACACGAGGGAGGCACGAGGGCUGAGAUACUGCCAGGUUGCCCAAGCCUAGACAGGGAAAGUCGAGUGGCAGAGGUCGUGUUCGAACCACGGACCCUCCGACUAAGUAUUGUUUUGGGUGCUCAAACUGAUUAUGGAACCGAGCCUCCAGUUCACUCCGUGGUAUUCGACUGGAUAUCCACAAAGUUGGUGGUUCAGAGACAGGGGAAACUGGGUCGUUCGCCGGACCAUCAACAUU